AUGGUUAACAGCAUUCUUUUAUUGAAAAACAAGACCACGCCACGGGAUCCUUACCAGGAAGUAUUUUCAUCCAAAAGCAUAACCCCACAAUUCUUGCCCUUACUUGAGCACUCACCAGUAGACAAAGAAGGGUUGCGGGAGUAUUUAAUCAGUGAUGAAUUCUUGAACCAGACGAACACAUUCAUAGUCACGAGUCAAAGGGCGGUAGAAGUGUUUAAUGAAUGUAUACAAGAUUGUGAUGAAGAAGUCUCGAAGUCAAUCUGGAAAAAAGUUGGGUAUACUGUUGGACCGGCCACUUCCAAGAUCUUGAUGGAAAGUGGGUUUAAAAACAUUCGAGGUGGUCAUGAUGCUGGAAAUGGGGCCAUCUUAUCUGAUAUAAUUAUAGACGAUUACCAGGAAAAUGGGAUUGAUAAAGAAGCGGAGCAUCCUAUAAUGUUUUUCACAGGAGAGAUUAGAAGAGAUAUAAUACCAAAGAAAUUAUUGUCUGCUGGGAUCAAGUUUAAAGAAAAAGUUGUUUACAGAACAGCAUCUAGGGAUGAUAUUAUUGACAAUUUCGACCAAUUGAAGCAUAUGCAACAAGAUCCACACCAUUGGAUUGUGUUUUUCAGUCCUCAAGGUACAGAAGUUAUUAUUGAUCAUAUUUUGGCAAACGGUGGAAGUCAGAGCUUCAACAUUGCUUCAAUUGGACCUACUACAAAAGAGUAUUUGGAAAAUAAAGGCAUUACACCUAAGGUUGUUGCUGAAAAGCCAGAGGCAAAUUCCUUAUUAGAGGCUAUUACACAGCAUGAAUUCUAA